CAGACGGACUCACAGAGACAAACAUGUGGAGGUUUGUGUUGUUGCUGCAGUUGGUUUGGACAUGGACGAGCUCGGCACUGGUCAGGGUCCCUUUGAGGCGGAUGCCCUCGACUCGUUCCCAGCUGCGUGCUGAAGGCCUGCUGCGAGAGUUCCUGAAGGACCACCAUCCUGACAUGUUCAGCCGACGCUACGCUCAAUGCUACCCGCCUGGCACACCAUCUCUGCGGCUCGGACGCUACAGCGAGAAGAUCUACAAUUUCAUGGACGCUCAGUACUAUGGUGAAAUCAGUUUGGGGUCUCCAGAGCAGAACUUCUCUGUGGUUUUUGACACCGGAUCAUCUGAUCUCUGGGUGCCAUCAUCCUACUGUGUCAGCCAAGCCUGUGCUCAGCACAGACGUUUCAGGGCAUUUGAGUCAACUUCAUUUCAUCACGAUGGUCGGAUGUUUGGGAUUAACUACGGAUCCGGACACCUGCUGGGAGUCAUGGCUCGAGACACAGUGAAGGUUGGGGGUCUGACCGCCCUAAACCAAGAGUUUGGGGAGUCGGUCUACGAGCCUGGUGCUGCUUUUGUAAUGGCCAAAUUUGACGGUGUUCUUGGGUUGGGUUACCCAUCCCUGGCAGAGAUCCUUGGGAACCCCGUUUUUGACAACCUGAUGGCACAGAAGGCCGUAGAGGAACCCAUCUUCUCUUUCUACCUCAGCAGGAGAACCUCUGAAAGCGACCCAGUUGGUGAACUGUUGCUGGGCGGAACAGACGAGAUGUAUUACACUGGACCAAUUAACUGGCUUCCUGUGACUGCCAAGGCAUACUGGCAGAUCAAGAUGGACAGCAUUGCAGUGCAAGGCAUGAGUUCAUUCUGUCCCCAGAGUUGCCAGGCCAUAGUUGAUACUGGAACCUCCCUCAUCGCCGGACCAACCAAUGACAUCCUCAACCUUCAGCAGCUAAUUGGAGCAAGUCCAACAAACAUAGGAGAGUUCCUUCUCGACUGUGCCAGAUUGUCCAGUUUGCCUCAUGUGACAUUUCUCCUUGGUGGAAAAGAGUACACACUUACUGCUGAACAAUACGUUAGGAAGGAGAUGCUUGGAGACAGGGAGCUGUGCUUCAGUGGUUUCCAGGCCGUCGACAUCGUAACUCCCGAAGGCCCCCUGUGGAUUCUGGGAGAUGUGUUUCUGACUCAGUUUUAUAGCAUAUUUGACAGAGGACAGGACCGGGUUGGAUUUGCCCUCGCUAAGCACCCAGCUCAAGAAUAACCAAAUGGUUCAAUGGCAACUGAUCAAUAAAUAAUGUAAAAUGUAAAGACCUUGACAGCAUUUUGUAAUUCUUGUAAUGGAAACAAUGCAAAUGGAAAAAGCACAGUAACUAUAGAAAGUACUCACCCCUAUGGAUGUUUUGUCCUUUUAUUGGUUUUAUGAAUCAACCAUGAUGUGA